GUUCUGAUGCUUGAUAAGGGCUUGUCGCCGUACCAGGACCAGCUCAAGGCUUACAUGGUUCGUACCAGAGCAAAUAAAGAAUACCACACAGUGUGGCCCUGGAUUACAAUAGCCCCAUCCUAGGACAGACUCGCUUCUCGUACCUAGAUGUUUUCUCUUGCUGGUGCCGAACAGACAUCUUACAUCACUAGAGCUUCCCUGUGCCUGACACAGCUCUGUUCUUCCUUCAUCUUCGUUACUCUUUUCUCUUUUUUCAUUCUCACAGCCUUACGAUACCUGGCUAUACAGCUCGCCAACAGUCUUCCCAUCCACCGGCAAGGCUUGUUCUUCGUUGUUUAAGCCACGAAACUACCGUCUGUAUCUGUUCAAGUUCUUCGCAUUUCAUCUCAAGCGGCUGUAAGAUCCUCUCCAGAAGAGGUGACGUGGGCGACCAAGUACAGUACAGCAGAGCCAAUAAUUGGAAUUGCAAGGCGAGAGGAUUGCUUGAGACCUUGGCUCCAUCCAUAGCCACACAGCAUCGGCCAUUCAGAACGGGAAGUUGUCUUUGAGGUGUAUGAUUUGCUGGCAGGCCUGUACAUUGAGAGAUAUCCCUGCCCCCAGUACUGGCUUUCGGCAACCACACUUGCGUGGUUCAUCUUCACCUGCAAUCUAUUUGCGAGUGACCUAAGUUGCCUUCCCUUGAAUCAAGCCAAAGUUCCGACAUCGCGUUGUGCGGUUCAUGGUCAGGACUUGUUGCUGAUUACAACCCGGGUGACGUAUUGGUUUUCUAUUCCUCAGUACCAAUUCCCCUGUUUUAACUCGGCUUGCGCAAGAGUGUUGGUUAUAAGAGGAUCCGUAGAACUCUUAUAGCAUUACGACUCACUUGCUUCCCCUUUGAAGCUCUGAAGAGUCUGCCUUAGUAUUGCUUCAAGAGAGGACUGUUUGGGUUAUCUUCCCAUCCCGUCCGCAACAACAAAUCAUCCAAUCUGGCGAUUCAAUCGACAAGCCUGUGGUCGCAGGCACAACCAUCUCAGAGCAGACCCGGAUCUGCCGCAACAGAUUCGACCGGCGCAUCGCCUAACUCUCCACGGACACCAUCGACACCAACCUGGCCUUCUAGAGACUUUACUCUAUCGAAACCGGCUGCCAGCCAGGACAAUAAACUACCUUCUUUAGGCAGGCUCGGGGAGGGUCAAUGUGCCGGCCCUCGUGGCCAGGUGUGCACAGGCGGUCUGGUCUCAAUGUCGCAUACUGGGCCAGCAUCUCAACAUGCGUCACGUCGUUCUUCGAGGUCCCCCUUAGGAGAUGACCAAGUCUCGCCUUCCUCAGUUCGACACAGACAGCUCGGUGACCGCGAUCUGCGCCAAGAUGUGAGCAACGUUCCCUAUACAAAUGGCGAGGAAAGAUUACAGCAGGUCCCCCAAAAGACCCUUGGUGUCCAUAACAUACUCAACCCUAUGGAGCCACGACUACUGGCUUCAGGGGGUAAUGGUCAUCUUCCUCCAGCAGCUCGUCCAUCUGAAUCCGCGACACCAGGCCAGACAGUUGGCUCAAUCUCUGGAUCUUUUGCUGUCGCACGAGCUUUCCCACCAGCCCAACCUGCGUCAAUUUCUCUUCCAGGUACGCCAUUGGGGCCGAUGACACCUAUCGGAGGGCCUUCAUCAGGACGCAAUUCCCCGACGGCUUUCCCAUUUCCUACCGUAAAUAGUGCAAGACCAAAAGCCAGCCCGACACAACAUCCCCGAGCCAUAAGUGUUAGUCAUGUACCAUCUCGUGAAUCUGAUGGGCGACAGUCUUUACAUGGCUUUUCAUCUACUAAGCGACCGUUCGAGGACAUAACGCCGGAAGACACCAGAACUCAAUAUCCCCAUCUACAUCCUUUAACUGGAGCACCCACUGGUCCUCCCUCAGCGAUGUCGGAUCAUGGUAGGUUGCAUUCACAGCCGCCGAUUGCUUCUCCUGGAACACAAGCUCCUCUCUCCACUUUCCCCCCUAGCCAUGCGCCGGGCCGCACGCAACCGCCUCUGGUACACUCUCAGACUUCAUAUUCUCCUAACAUGCAGGCUGGCCGGCCGUUCCCGAGUCCAGGGCCCCCAAGCGAGUCCGCCUCGCCGUGGUCAGAAACACUGCGAAGACAUGGGAUGGGGGGUUCUCUUUUUGGCGUUGAGGGACAGCAAGCGUUAUUGGCACUUCCGGGGAGCGAGGCACCUAUCCCUGUUCAUAUGGACUUUUCGCAGGCGUCUAAGAAAGCAGACGAGAAGAGACAGCGAAAUGCAGUGGCUUCAACAAGGCAUAGGAGGAAGAAGAAGAUCAUGCAGGAGGAGAAUUCAAAACAACUACAAGAGCUCCGGGAUGAAAGGCGCCUCAUGGAAAUAAGGAUUGAGGAGUUGAUUCAACAACGGGACUUCUACCGUGAAGACCGUAACCGUUUACGAGACAUUGUCGCACAAACGCCAUCAAUAAGUGGCCUUGCUGCCGGACCUCCUAGUCCUACUAUUUCGACAAGCAAUUCUUAUGCAGAGACCGGGUCGUUAGCAUCAGGGCCCUCUGGGUCUAUGAGUUAUGGAGAUGUACUAGCGAACGAAAGACCAGCCCAACGCCGUCGAACCGAUGACCACCCUGAAUAUUCGCUACCACCAUACGGAUCCCCUGCGAGCGGCCACCCGAGUGCAUCUCCCAGUGGGCUACCUCCGAUGCCCAUGUCAGGUUAUGGAGGGCCAUCACGGCCAUCAUCUGCGGCAUCCUCAGCUAGCGGUGAGAGGCUACCGCCGCUGAGAGUAAUGGAAGGUCGACCUCCUACUGGCCCACCCCCCGGGCCAGGUGUUCAAGAGCAGGAUCCGCGAACUGGUCAGUGGGUUCCCGUUCAGCCUCGAGUUCCUGAGACUGGGUGGGCAACAAGGGACACUCACCGCAGGGCUUAAUGCGAUGGGAUUUGAGAUUUGCAAGCGUUUGGUUACGCAUUACAGUUAUGGAGACCCAUUGUUCUCAUCUAUUAUAUAAUAUCGGAGUGGUUCAGGUUUUUGGCAUGGUUUUGGUGACUCGCGGGUGGGACUUUUGGAAGACGCAUCUGUUGGGCAACCGACGAAUUUAUCGCAACUUGUAAUGUUGUCUUGUGUUAUCUUGUUUCCUUGUUCUCCGUUCUGAUUACGUGUUUUCUGUUGUCCGAGUUGAGCAUUGUUUGCAUACACGGAGUGCUCAUGACGGUUGUGUUUGUGUAAGCAUGUAUCUUUGUACCAUGGACAUGUUUUCACCUUUGUCGUUCCGUGUUUCUUCUUGGGACAUGGGACGGACUGGAUUGGACUAUUGAGGUUAUCUAUCCAGGCCGAGGGUUUCUGUCUUUUUUUUACUCCUUUCUACUUGCUUCAGACUCUAAUCGUCUUGAGCUGGGUGAUGAGGCUGGGCUCUUCUGAGACCGGAUACCCCUGGGGCCUUUGCUCCUCAAACAGUACAUCGUCUCGAAGGCGAUGGUAUACUCGAUCAACAAGUACAGGCAGCUGCGCUUUACAAAAGCGCGCGGCAGAGGGAUACCUUGAAUUACAGUUAUUUGGGACUUGCAGCUCAAACCAAUGUCUUCAGUAAUGGCAUAGGUGCGAGUAUCGACCAAGACCCAUUGUCAUUUUGUUCUUUCCUUUGUGUUUUAUGAAUGGUUAGCUAUUGUUUUGGUUGUUUUGUUGUUAGCAAGUCAUUUGAUACCAGAUUGGAAUUGUGAAUUUAGCUUUGUAUCCAAUAUUUAUAUAGCGGGAAGUUGUUUGGGAUUAGGCGGGAGUUCUCUCGGCUCUUUGGCUUUCCUUUGUUGUGGGAGAGUGCUUUGGUGAGUGUUACCUGAUACCCCGGAUCUUUCUAUGGAUCGAAAAGCUCUUGAGUUACAUAGUAUAGUACAGGAUAGAGUGAGAAACACUAGAAAUAAGCGUUUGUGCAGGAUGUAUUUCUUGCACUUAAUUACAACUUGGUAUCUGGUGCCUGUGAG